AUGGCAAAUAUCCCCCUCGUAUUCUCCAUUUGUCUUCUGGGAGCUUGUCUUGGUGUCGAAAGUACAGUCUUCAUCGAGAACAAAGAGGCGAGCUCGGUUCUGCAGAGGCAAAAGCGAGCCAAUUCAAACAGACUGGAAGAGGUUAUUCCUGGGAACCUCGAGCGAGAAUGCAUAGAAGAAAAAUGCAGCUUUGAAGAAGCCCGAGAAGUAUUUGAAAACACCGAGAAAACUAUGGAGUUUUGGAAAACAUACAUUGAUGGAGAUCAGUGCGACCCUAAUCCAUGCAAAAAUGGAGCCGUUUGCAAGGAUGCGGUGAGUUCCUAUGAGUGCUGGUGUCCCCCUGGGUACGAAGGCAGAAACUGUGAGAUAGACCUCACUUGUGCUGUUAAAAAUGGAGGCUGUAAGCACUUUUGCAGGCAUGACCCACCGCAGAAAGUUAUGUGUUCCUGUGCUGCUGGCUAUAGACUUCAUGAAGAUGGAAAGUCCUGUGAACCUACAGUGCCGUAUCCCUGCGGGAGGAUCACGGCUCCUGAAGUGAAGAACAAGCUCACCCGAGCCAUAAACACCUUUGAGCACUGGAACAUCACCGCAGAUGACCAGGAUGACGAGGUGCUUGAUAACAUCACGGACACCAGCACUGCCGCCACCACGAAAAUCACACCCAUAAUUAAGACAGGCACCCGGGUUGUUGGUGGAUCAGACAGCAUGAAAGGCGAGGUGCCUUGGCAGGUUCAUCUGGUGAACAGCCAUGGCGUGGGCUUCUGUGGUGCAUCCAUCAUCAACGAGAAAUGGUUAGUGACAGCAGCACACUGCCUGAAGCCAGGAGACAAUGUCACUGCCGUAGCAGGUGAAUACAACACCAAUGAGGAAGACAACACAGAGCAGCAGCGUAAAGUGGUGAAAAUCCUUCCCCACCCCAUGUACAAUGCCACGAUCAACAAACAUCACAACGACAUCGCCCUCCUGAAGCUGGACCAGCCACUCAGCUUCAACAGCUACGUUACCCCCAUCUGCAUUGGCAACCGGGAGUUCACCAACACCCUCCUGAAGCACGGGAUGGGGACAGUGAGCGGCUGGGGCAGCACGCUUUUCCGUGGCCGGCCGGCCACCAUCCUCCAGGUCCUCAAGGUGCCUUUUGUUGACCGGCCAACCUGCCUCAAGAGCACCUCCACCACCAUCCUGCAGAACAUGUUCUGUGCAGGCUUCCCGGCUGGGGGCAGUGACACCUGUGGGGGGGACAGUGGAGGUCCCUACACCACCGAGAUUGAGGGCACCUGGUUUCUCACGGGGAUCACCAGCUGGGGUGAGGAAUGUGCCAAGCCUGGUAAAUACGGCAUCUACACCAGGGUCUCCAAGUACCUGAAGUGGAUAAAGGAAAUCACGAGGCUUACCUAA